AUGGAAGGUUUUCACCCUUCUAUGACAUCUUUUUCGUACACAUUUCCCAUCGGUGGUGCUGGUAGUAGUACUACUAGCAAUCUUACCACUGGCACUUACAGCACUUCUACUCCAUGGAUGAACAGCAGAAUAUGGAGCAAGCUCCCUCAAAGGCUUCUUGACCGUGUCAUAGCCUUCCUUCCUCCGCCAGCUUUCUUUCGUGCACGUUGUGUUUGCAAGAGAUGGUAUGCUCUUCUCUUCUCCAACACCUUCCUUGAAUUAUACCUCCAAGUCUAUCCACGCCGUCACUGGUUCAUGUUCUUCAAGCACCACAAAACCUGCAAGAGCUACAUCUACAAGAACAAUAACAACGGUAGUGGUUGUGCACAUGGUGCAGCCUCUUCCUGUGAAGAAGGGUACCUCUUUGAUCCCUCUGAGAUGGCAUGGUACCGCAUUUCCUUUGCUUUGGUCCCUUCUGGCUUCUCUCCAGCCUCUUCUUCUGCUGGUUUACUUUGUUGGCUUUCUGACGAGGCAGGUCCUAAGACCAUGCUUCUGUGCAACCCUUUGGUUGGUUCUCUCACUCAGUUACCUCCCACGUUCAGACCUAGACUCUUCCCUUCCGUUGGCUUAACCAUUAGCCCCACCUGCAUAGAUGUCACUGUUGCUGGGGAUGACAUGAUAUCUCCUUAUGCAGUGAAGAACUUGACAUCUGAAAGCUUUCACAUCGAUGGAGGAGGGUUUUACUCCUUGUGGGGCACCACCUCUUCUCUGCCUAGGCUUUGCAGCCUUGAAUCCGGUCGAAUGGUUUAUGCUGAAGGGAAGUUUUACUGCAUGAAUUGUAGCCCUUUUAGCGUGCUGGCUUAUGACAUCACAUCAAACAGUUGGUUUAAAAUACAGGCUCCCAUGAGGAGGUUCCUCAGGUCUCCGAACCUGGUUGAGUGCAAGGGGAAGUUGCUUCUUGUUGCUGCUGUUGAGAAGAGCAAGCUGAACGUGCCAAAAAGUUUGAGGGUGUGGAGUUUGCAAGCCUGUGGGACAAUGUGGGUGGAGUCAGAGAGAAUGCCGCAGCAGCUUUAUAUUCAGUUUGCCGAAUUGGAAGUUGGAAACGGGUUUCAAUGUGUAGGGCAUGGGGAUUUUAUUGUCAUCAUGAUUCGUGGAACAGACAAAGCAUUGCUGUUUGAUAUAUGCAGGAAGAGGUGGCAGUGGAUUCCACCUUGUCCUUACACUGCACAUGAUGACUUUGAAUUGCAUGUUUUUGCAUAUGAACCUAGACUCGCCACUCCAGUCACUGGCCUCCUUGAUCAAUUGACACUUCCCUUCCAGAGUUUUAGUGCUUAA